GGAGCCCGAGCCCCCAGUUCCAGGCUGGCGCGCGCGCAAGCGAUGCGCACCGGGACCCGGAAGCGGAAGCGCCGCCUUGAUCGGGGGAGGCGCCUGGCGACGCCGGCGCCAGCGCCGGCGGGCCAGACGACCCCAGCGGCGCCCUCGCGGCGUGGCUCGCCGCGCGCGGCGUGGAGUGGCUGGACGCGGUGGCCACCACUCGGGAGGGCGUGGUGGCUGGCUGGGGCUGCGUGGCUUCCGCGCCGAUCCCGGAGGGCGCCGUGGUGUGUCGCGUGCCGCGGGCGGCAUGCUUCGGCGCGCGCCGGGCGCACGCCGACGCGGACCCGCCGGCCAGGGACAGCCAGGCCCGGAUGGCGCGGCUGCUGCUGCGCGAGCGCGCGGCCGGUUCCGGCUCGGCGUGGGCGCCGCUGCUGCGGGUUCUGUCGGCCGCGCAGUGCCCGUGGACCUGGCCGGCCAGCGGCCGCUGCUGCCUGGCCGGCACGGAGCUCGCGCCCGUGCUGUGGGCGAAGCUGGUGCGCCUCGAUACGGAGUACGAGAAGCUCCCGCGCGAGUUUCGCACGGGCAGGGCCGAGUACCGCGAGGUGUGCGCGCUCGUGUCGGCCACCAUCAACCCCUGGUUCGGAGGCAGCAUCGUCCCGUUCAACUGUACGCUGAACUACUCGAGCGCCCCGCCAAACGUGCGGUUCGAGAGCGACGAGGGGGGGCGCGCCGUCAUCGGCAGAGCCCUGCGCACGGUGCAGGCGGGCGAGGAGCUGACCCAGGAGUACGCCGACUCCCAGGCCGACCUCAUCUACCGCUACGGCUUCGCCGACCCGGCCCCGAGCGCGGGCCCCGGGCUCCGCGGCCGGCAGCGCGGUGGUCCGCCCACGGGCGACGUGGUGUCCAUCUCGGUGGCGCAGGUGGUCGCGGGCUGCUCCGACGGGCUGCUGGAGCCGCGGCGGCGGGCGCCCGCGGAGCGCGAGCAGCUCGGCGCGGAGGCGCUGCGGCUCGCGGGCGCGCUGGCGCCGUGCCCCUGGGACGGGCUGGGGCACGAGCUGACGGCGGAGCUGGCGGCGGGCGGCUCGGGCACGGCCUCGCUGGUGGGCUGCUGCCUCCUCGUUCGUUCCUCGACGAUGCUGGCGGACGACGAGGUCCUGGCCGCCGCCUCGCAGGCCGCGGCCGAGGCGUACGACGACGGCCCCCGCGCGGGCGCCGCUCCCGCGGGCGCGAAGAAGAGGCGCCGGGCGGCGCUCGCGCCGGAGGACGCCGCGGCCGCGGCGCUGGUCGGAGCCGUCACGGCCGCGGGCGAGCCCGAGCGGCGGGAGCUGAGGUCUGCCGCGCGGGGCGCGCGGCGCGGCGGCGACCCCUGGCCUGCGCUGCUGGCGGUCGCGGGCCGGCGCCGCGGCGCCGUGGCCCGCGCUCGGGAGGCGGCCGCCGCGGCCGUGCGCCUGCGUCUCGGCCCUGGGGACGCCGUGGGCCGCGGGCCCCUCCCGCCGACGCCCGAUCGGCUGCGCGCCCUCGACGAGGCGGAGGACGCCGCCGUGCCCUCGACGGGGACGGACCGCCCAGCCGCCGCGGGGCUCAUGGCCCAGCACCUCAGGUGCUGGGCCAUGAGCCCAGCCGCCGCGGGGCUCAUGGCCCAGCACCUCAGGUCGGUGGAGUCGCGCAUCCUGCACGACGCCGCCCGCGUGCUCCGCGCUGACGCGACCUCGCGCGGCACCUGCGCGGCCGUUGUUGUGCUCUGCGCGACGCGCGCCUCCGCGGCCAUGGCCGGCCGCGGCGGGCCCCUGGCGCGCGGGCGCCUGCUGCCGGCGCUGCUGCUCCUGGCGCCGGGCCCGCACGGCGCGCCGCGCGCGGCCGGCGCGGCCGCGGCCGAGGGCGGAGGGUGUCCGCCGGGCGCGGAGCUGGACGCGGUGGAGGAGCGACUCCACGUCAGCGCGGUCCCGUUCACGCGCUCGCCCAGGGAGUUCCUGGCCCGCUUCGAGUUCGACGUCCGGGCGCCGCUGUCUCAGGCCUUCCGCGCUGGCCAGUUCGAUGUCUUCCCGAAGCCGGUCGGCAAGCUGCUGAACGCGCGCCCGGCGCUCGCCGGGUUCGAGGCCGUGCUGACGCAGGGGAGGUGGAAGAGUGACCAGUGGGGCCCGCCUCCGCGCGAGUUCCGGCCCCCCGGGGCGCUGCUGGUCGCGGCGACGAAUUCUAGCGGCGCGGAGUCCGAGCAGGUCUGGCAGUCCCUGGUGGCGGCCCUCGGCGGGUGGCUGUGCGCGUCGUUUGAGGGCAUGGACCCGGACCACCCGUCGCUCUCGUGGGUGAGGCCCCUGGGCGUGCCCUGGGCGGAGCCGGGGAGCCGGCUGCAGUUCGCGACCCUGCCCUACGAGCCCGUCUGCACGGAGAAUCUCACGCCGUGGCUCAAGCUGCUGCCCUGCGGCCGCCACCGCGGGCUGGCGGCGCUCCUGGACCCGCUGGAGGUGGCCGCGUCGCCGCUCAAGUCGCUGUCCCUCGUGGCGUCGGUCAGCGAGUCCAGCCAGCACGUGCAGCUCCGCGCAUCCCUCGACGUCGUGCUGCCGCUGCAGAGCGGGCGGGGGCUCGCGGCCUGGUCCGGCGAGCGCGAGUUCCUCCAGUGCCCCGCGGCCGCGAGCACCCGCGUGCUGGUGCGGGUGUCGGGCGGGCGUGGGAACGCGGCGUGGGACCGCUUCGUGGGCAAGGCAGCGGAGGCGAUCGACACGCCCGACGGGGGAGCGACCCUGGUCUUUCCUGCGGGAGACUUCUCCGAGCUCGAUGGGUCCGACGAGCUUCUCCUCGGCGGUGAUGCCGGCCCAGCGCCCUGGGUGCUCGCGCGCCGCGAGCGGUCGGAGGGGUUGAGCGUCAUGCGCGACGUUCUCAGCCAAGAGGGCCGCAGCGAGCGCACGCAUGGCAGGUACCUGCUGCGCUUCGCCAACGGGGCCGACGGCGGGGACGGGGUUGCCCGCAGCGUGCGGUUCAUGGACCAGCUGCCCUUCUUCAUCCGACCCCUCUGGCACACGUUUCUUGUGACCGUCGAGCGGCCCGGGUCCGAGCCCGAGCACCUGCGCGGGCUGGCCGCGAUGCGGCGCCUGGACCUCCGCUUCGUGCCCUCGGAGGGCAGCCCGGUCCCCACGGAGGUGUUCCUCACAGCCACCAUACCCCCGGGAGGCACCGUGAGCGUCACCCUGGACGUGCUCAAGGAUUUCAUCCGCAACCGCGAGUUCUCGUACGCCUGCGAGAAGGGCUUCGACGUGAGCAGCGCCGCCUGGCUGGAGCUGGCGGGGCCCCUGGGCGCGUCGGGCCAGAACGCCAGCGUCGGCGCGGGGGACAUUCUGCGGUUCGGCCCCGCUGGUCAGGAGCAGUGGCAGCUGCGCUUCACCGAGGGGUUGUUGAUCCUCGUGCCCAUGCCAGACUUCAGCAUGCCAUUCAACGUGGUCGCUCUGACGUCCACCGUGCUGACCUUCUUCUUCGGCUCAGUGUUCCGCAUAACGGCCGCAGGGAAGGUGCCCCACUGGGUGUUGAAGAAACCCGCGAAGCCCGUCAACAAGAAGUUGCAGAUGUUGAAGAGGUUGUUGAUGGUCGCCUUGAUCGGUGGCUUGUACGUGCUCAACGGGACGGACGAGAAACAGCUGAAAGAGUUCCGAAAGACCCUGCCAGAGGAGGCACUCUUGCUCGCGGACCUGCUAGAUGGAGUGAAGUUGCUGCUAGACAGAUUAUUCGGUGCUGGGCACUAGGUUAGUAGGUUGACCAGGGAGUUGCACAGACCAGCAUCCGGGUGCCGAGGGUAGGCUGUGCUGCAGGCGUGCGCGCCGGCCGCUCCGCCGGCAGGGCCAGGGCACCGCCGCGCGCGCGCUCGCGCGGCGAAGAUCCCUCUGUCUGCUGCUCCUGGCAUCGCUCGGACGUGUGCAUUUUUCCUUCGGCGAGGACCACCGAGGAGCAUCCUUGAUCAUUUGGCGAAAAAGCCACGCACGA